AUGCGUCUUUUGCCAACGCUCGCCACCGUGUUCCUAUUCACAGUCAAUGUGACAGGAAGUCCAGCCGCUCCAGCCGAUGCUGCAGCCUCGUCGGGAACCAUCACCCCUGCCACGAACAUUGUAGAGGCCGCCCCAACAACUUCGGCCGCCCAAGCAAACGCCGCCGUUGCUGACACUACAACUGCGGACAACAGUGCAAACGCCGUCAACACGGCUACUGCUGCUGCGGCGGCGGCGAAGGAAGAAGAUACUACCGCUGAUGUGGAUACCGCCGACUCGACCAAGGGCAACCACGAAUCUCUGAUCAACGGCGCAGAGCCUGCUUUCAGUGACUCUACAGAGGCUGUGAAUGAUGCAGGAGACUCCAUUAAAACUGCUGUUGAGUCAGCCCGUGAGACUGUUUCCUCCGCUGUCUCUGGUGCAUCUGCGACCGGCACCCCAAACACCAAGUCUACCAGCUCUGAUAGCAGCUCUGAUAGCAGCUCCAACAACAGCUCGGGAAGCACUUCAUCUUCUUCAUCUGCUCCAGACUUGAGAGAUGCCUUCUCGAAUUUGUUGGGCGGUAGUGACAUUGGUAGCGAUUUUUCGGACCUUCUGCAUAGCAUUAAAGGUAUCCUUGACCCGGGUUUCUUGGGUAAUGCCGCCGAUACCGUCAAAUAUCUCGCGAUCGCUCUGCAGCCUCCGGUCGAUAACCAGAUCCGGACCGUGUUGGAUAAUGCCAACGACCUCCUGACUCCGAGCUUCGCCAAGAAGACCGGGACUCUCAUUGACAAUGCCAACAGCCUCUUGACUGCGGAGAACACCAAGGAGAUUGGCACUCUGCUAAAGGUCGCCAACAAAUUGGUAAACGAGGAGUUUAUCAACAAGGUGGAUAGCCUCAUCGACAACGCCAACAACCUCCUCACCUCCAAGUUCGUCAAGCAGACCAGCAAUCUCGUCGAUAAAGCCAGCCCUCUCAUUGACAAAGCUAGCCCUCUUAUCGACAACGCUAGCGGGCUACUUACGGAUAAGAAUUUUAACGCGAUUGAGUCGCUCUUAACAAAUGCCAACACGCUGCUCACUACCGAAUUUGUCAAGGAGACCUCCACCCUUAUCGGCAAGGCCAGUCCUCUUGUCGACGACGCUAGUGGCCUGCUCACCGGUGCGAACGUUAAGGCGAUCGAGUCACUCUUGGCCAAUGCCAACAAGCUACUCACGCCUAACUUUGUCUCAACUAUUGCUAAGCUUAUAAAGCAAGCCGGUCCCCUUAUCAACCAGGCCAGCGGCCUCCUCACCGACAGCAACGCAAGGUCGAUCGAGCAUUUGAUCGGUAGUGCCAACAGCCUACUAACCGACAGCUUCGUGAAGAAAACCUCUAGCCUAGUCGAUGGAGCCAGCGACCUCUUAACUCAGCAUACCAUUAGAGCACUGAAGUCUCUACUCAAUCAGGUCAUUCCUCUACUUCCCGAGCUAAAGGGCCUACUUAAGCCAGCCACCAUUAAGGAAAUCGAAAACGUGCUAGGCAACGCUAAUAAGCUGCUUACGGACUCCUUCAUCGACGACACUAAAAUACUAAUUACCGAUGCUGUUGGCCUUCUCACUCCGGACCUAGUCAAGGCUCUAAACUCGCUAUUGACCAAGGAAACGAUCAACUCGAUCGUGGCCCUCCUAAACAACGCCCAAGACCUCCUCACGUCCGACUUCACUAAGGCGACGAAGAGUCUAGUGAGCGGCGCCGGCGACCUCCUCACUCCGGAGGUGAUCAAUGGAUUGAAGUCAAUCCUAAAGGACGUCACUCCUCUACUGCCCGAGCUGAAGCCGCUAUUGUCUAAGAGCACCAUCUCCGCUAUUAGCUCUCUCUUAAGCAACGCCAACACCCUCUUGACCCCAAAGUUUGUCAACGAGACCAUCGGUUUAAUCGACAGCGCCGACGACCUCCUAACCCCAACAAUCGUCACUGGACUAAAGGAUCUCCUUGACGACGUCGUGCCCCUGGUCCCCAACCUUAGGAAGUCACUACUAAACUCGACUAUCAUCACCGACGUGGGAUACAUCGUGACCAACGCUACCAACUUACUCACGCCCCACUUCGUCAUCGUCAGCACACUUAGGGAUAUUCUUGGAUACGUGCCCGACUUACUACCGGAGGUCAAGAAGUUGCUUAAGCCCGCUACCAUUUCGGAGGCUAGCGCGAUCUUAGAGAACGCCCAUGAUCUUCUCACUCCCAAGUUCGUUAAUGAGACGACACUUCUGAUCGAUGGUGUUACAAGCUUCUUGCCUUUAGUCGAGGCAUUACUCAACGCGCUAUGA